UGCUUGGCUGCGGCCGAGGUUCUUACGGUCCGCCGUAGACUCUCAGGUGCCUUUCGGGGGGAAGUUGUCAAGCCACAGCUUUUCGGGUGAGCCACACAUGACGGCUCCGACGUUAAGCCGUCUUCCGAGGACAGGCUCUCAUGUGGCUUCUGGAGGUCCAUGCAUCGCCAUGAGGGUUUCCACCAAUCAGGCAGCACGCUCUCCUGUAUCAUUACCUCAUACUCCGACAAGGAUGUCGUUCUUGGGAGCAGCGAGCUAAACCCCUUUCAGAGCAGCCCUAUUCCCAUAGUAACAAAAAAUAACAAUCCUUUACCUUUUUCUUUACCUCUCCGUCUGUACAUACAGUAGUGUCUUUCCAGCAAUCUGCAGCCAUGCAUGUACUAUGACUCU